AUGCUGUGGAUAUUUUGUUAUUUUCUUGUCUGUGUUUCGUUCACCAACCUUGUAGCCGCUGAGGAUCAAUGCAGGUCAGAAGUUAACAUUCGUGGCAUGGCUCUUAAAGGUUUCGUUUUCAAGAGAAUGACAGUAACAGCUCCUCACAUUUGUGAUAUCUUAUGUGAAAGGGAAAUAAUCUGCCAGAGCUAUAAUUUCAACAGAAAAGAAAAAAUAUGCGAAUUAAACAAUCGCACAAAGCACGCAAGACACAAGAAUUUCCGCUACGUAGAACCUGCGUGGUUUCACAUCCGCCGUUUGAACGGAAGAGCUCCCUUGGGUUCGAUUCCGGAGUUACCAGCACGUUCAUGCCAUGAGAUAAAAGCAAGCGAAGGAAAAAACACUGUAAGCAACAAAUACUGGCUGGAUCCAUUUGGCAAUGGGAAGGUAGUUUUGGUUUACUGUGAUAUGAAUUUGAAAGAUCAUGAUGAAUGCCUUGGUGGAAACAAUGCCUGUGACGUCAAUGCAUACUGUACCAACACCGUGGGUUCCUAUAACUGUACCUGCAAGGAGGGAUACACUGGCGAUGGCCGCUCGUGUUCAGACAUAGAUGAAUGUACUAACAAAACACACAGCUGUGAUGUUCAUGCUGAGUGUAACAAUACCUUGGGAUCGUACAAGUGCACGUGCACGAGCGCGGGUUUUUAUGGAAAUGGAACACACUGCACAGGAUUUACAGCUGUGUUCACAAAUCUUGAUAAUAAUGGAAGGGAGGGUCCAGACUCAAUUGGUAGCCACUACAAAGGUCAGGAUCGUGACGGACAAGUUACAUUGUCCAACGGUAUUCAGCUGUGGACUGUGCCACACACUGGUGAAUACAGAAUAGAGGCAAUAGGAGCCCCAGGGGGGCGCAGUGAGGACAGUGUCACUGAAAAAGGAGGAAGAGGGGCACGGAUGAUUGGAAACUUUACUCUGACCAAAAAUGAGAUCAUUCGUAUACUUGUCGGUCAAAAAGGGGCAACCAAACUAAAAACUGCCGGAGGUGGAGGAGGUACAUUUGUAGUGAGGGAAAACAACAAGCCUUUGAUUAUGGCUGGAGGUGGAGGGGGAGUUAAAAAAAUGUCAGAACAACAUCCAGGAUGUGAUGCAUCCAUAAACACAACAGGGAAUGAAGGGAAAAACUCGCCAUUGGGAGGAGAAAACGGACAUGGAGGGAUUGUCUAUGGUCAAUAUUCAGGUGGUGGUGGCGGCGGCCUCCACAGUAAUGGAAAAACGUCCUCUGAUCAAGGAGGGGGGGAAGGAGGUAGAGGAUUUGUUGAGGGGGGAGUGGGUGGGAGGUAUGGAGGUGGGUUUGGAGGUGGAGGUGGUUUUCGUGGGGGCGUUAAGGGACCUGGGGGCGGUGGAGGUUACUCUGGGGGGAGUGGGAGUGCCAAUAGAGAUAAUUCCUGUGGGGGAGGGGGUGGAUCUUUUAACAAUGGAACAGAUCAGCAAAAUGAAUGUUAUAAUAGCGAUGAACAUGGUAGAGUGAUCAUCGCUUUUCUUCGUUAA